AUGGGUGAAGCACUACAUCAGAAUUUUGAAUACAUUGCAGCUCACAUUAAUGAUUACAUUAAUGAAGAUAAGUUAUUUACAACCUUUGAAAUAGAUGAUAUAGAAAAAAUCAUGAAAUUUACAAAUUUUACAACAAAUGACUUCAUCACUCUCUUGAAACAAUCACAUCCUACAAUCAAAGCAAACAAAUUAUUUACUAGUACUCGAAAUGCAUAUGUAACUAUACAAAAUUAUGAAGAAGUCAUCAAUAUAUUGAAAUCACUUAAAAAGUACCUUAAAAUGAGAGUUCUUGAUGGAACUAUUGCUUUCUUAAUACAAGCAGAAAGGGACAUGCCCAAUUCUCCAGAGAGAAUCCAAACUCUUCAAACACAGUUGAAAGCAAUUCAAAGUGACAAACAAAAAGUGACACAGAAAUACAAUCUCUCAAAUUUCAGCUUAAUCAAAUUAAUGAGGAAAACAAUGUAUUAA